CAUCUCAGAUGGUUUAAUUUCAAAUCUUAUCCAAUCCACACAAUUUUUCACAAAAAAAGCAAAGCUACACCAGUAAAAUGCUGUUUACACAUUGAUGCAUCAGUAUUAACAGUCUACUAAUGUAAUGUAUAAUAGUCUAACAAUAACAGGGUUCACCUUUCUGCAGAAUGAAUACUUAUUUUAUUUGACUGAUACAUUUUUACUUAAGUAGGAUUUUAAAUGCAGGACUUCUACUUGUAAUGGAGUAUUUUCGCAUGAAUGUACUGAAACCUUUACUUAACUAAGUGGUCUGUGUACUUCUUCUGGAAAGUUUGAUGUCAGGUGUUAUGGUCAAUUAUAAACUGGUAUUUGAAGGAUUUACAAUAUUGCAGCUUUAGCUCUCUCUAAAUGAUAAUAGAGGAAUCACCGAGGAGGAGCAGGGAAAGCAUCUUAUUUUUGUUGACUAAUGUCCCUCUAAGGUGCUGGCAUAAGUGUUUUUUGUGAUUUAGGGAUUUGGUAAAGUAUAGUGGAAACAUGUACUUGUUGCCAGCAUAUAUAAGGAAGGUUGGUAGUGAGUCUGCUGCUGUGUGACUGUCCAGAGUCACUGUCAGACCAUGGAAACAAAACAGACUCGCAUCCAUGCAGUGCAGCAGGCCAGCUUUCUGCUGAGGGCAGCUCUGCUCUCUGUCCUGCUGUGCGGCCCACAGCACGUGGCGUCAGACUCAGAUGAGGCGGUCCUGACCGAGUGGGAGAUCUGGAAGAGCAGCCAUGGCAUAUCCUACGAUGACAUGGACGACAUGCAAAGGAAGGCCAUCUGGGAGCAGAACAAACAGAUGAUUGAACAGAAUAAUCAAGGGUUUUUCAUGGGGAUGAGGCCGUUCACCAUGAGCAUGAAUAAAUAUGGAGACCUGACAAGACAAGAAUACCAGGUUUUGCAAGGUGCGAUGAUUAAUGCCCAGUUCGUGAAGCGAGGGAAGGCUGUCUCUGCCCGAAGGCUGCGUCACAAUGCUCAAAAGUUAGACUCUUUGUUUGUCGACUACAGGAACAUGGGUUACGUUACUGAGGUGAAAGACCAGGGUUACUGUGGCUCAUGCUGGGCCUUCAGCACUACGGGAGCUAUUGAGGGACAAAUAUACAAGAAGACAGGUCAACUUGUAUCUCUUAGUGAACAAAACCUGGUGGACUGCUCCAGAGAUUACGGGACCUAUGGCUGCAAUGGUGCCUGGAUGGCCAACGCCUACAACUACGUGGUCAGCAACGGGCUGCAGGCGACAAACACCUACCCAUACACCUCGGUGGAUACCCAGCCCUGUUACUACGACAGCAGACUUGCAGUUGCUCAUAUCAAAGACUAUAGGUUCAUACCCAAAGGAGAUGAGCAGGCUCUGGCUGAUGCUGUGGCAACUAUCGGUCCAAUCACAGUAGCCAUUGAUGCAGAUCAUUCAAGCUUCCUGUUCUACAGCUCAGGAAUAUACAAUGAGCCCAACUGUAACCCUAACAAUCUGAGUCACGCAGUGCUGCUGGUUGGCUACGGCUCUGAAGGAGGCCAAGACUACUGGAUCAUCAAAAACAGUUGGGGUUCCAGUUGGGGUGAAAGCGGCUACAUGCGAAUGGUCCGAGAUGGCAGAAACACUUGUGGCAUCGCGAGUUAUGCCUUGUACCCUAUUCUAUGAUGAUAAUAAGAUGCCUCAGUCGAGUGUUAAUGAUAAACUCUUCCGCUGGACUGUCAGUGGGUCUCAGAAAACAACAUCAGUCAUUGCUGAUGUAGCCUGUAUCACCUCUACAGCUCUCCUGUCCUAUUAUCUGAACCUUCCGCUGAACCUUACUGACUCUUCAGCCUUUUACAGUAAACACAUUACUUCUCUCAUGGACGUAGUAUACAUACUACAAGUUUUAUUGGUGUAACUCAAAAAUAUGAACAACCGCAAUUUAAGUCAUUCAAGUGAGACUAUGUAUCUUUGGACAGAAGUAAUAACACAAUCCUUCACUUACAAAUAAAAAGUUGCAUUUGUAAGUAAUAAAA